GAUACAUUUAGUCACAGACCUCUCAAAUGAGGAUGAGAGCCCUCUUAUUUUCCCAGGUUAGGAGAUUUAUUUAUCUGCUUUUUGCAAAGUUUGGUGAAAGAUAUAGAAAGUGAAAGUAUCACAGCAUAAAAGCCUUGCAGCGGUUAUUUUUGUCCAGUAACAGCAUCAGCUUGAAGGAAUCAACAUUAACAGCAGCUUUACAGCUCAGACAAUCUUGAGAAUUUAGGAGAAAAACAUAAUAAAAAUGGGAUCAUCAGAAUCAAAAACACCACAACCACAACCUACACCACAACCUGCAGCCCCAGCAUAUAACCCAGAAUUUGAUAAACCAUGGAGGAACUUUAAAUGGGAGCAAAAAUCAACCCUGAAGAAGCAGCUGGAAGAAUUCACUCCAAGUGAUCCAAGUGUAACAGACAUCAAGAUCCUGGUCGUCGGAGAGGUUGGAACAGGAAAGUCCAGCUUUAUAAACUCCGUCAAUAAUGUCUUUCAAAACCGGAUCACUUCUGCAGCACUUGUCAGUUCUUCUGCUGGUAGAAGUUUUACAAAAAGGCUCAAAGGAUAUCACAUCAGAAGUGGAAAAAUCACCCUGCCCAUUGUCUUCAGAGACAUAAUGGGCUUAGAACGUGAAGUAUUGGAGGGGUCGCAACCAGAAGACAUAAUCAAUGCUGUAUUUGGCCAUAUGAAGGAUGGCUAUAAAUUUGAUGAGUCGAAGCCACUCACUCAUGAGGAUGAACAUUAUACCAGUGACCCCAGUCUCUCUGACCAGGCUUCCUGUCUGGUUUACGUCAUAGAUGCUAAUAAAGUCUGCAUGGCAGAUGAAAAAAUCAGAGACAAGCUGAAGAUCAUCCGACAAAGAAUCAGUGAUAAGGGGAUUCCUCAAGUGAUUGUCAUGACCAAGGUGGAUGAAGCAUGUCCACUGGUGAACAAAGAUCUAAGGAAGAUCUACCACAGCAAGAAGAUCAAAAAGAAGAUGCAGAUGUGCAGUGAUAUAGUGGGUGUGCCGAUGAACUACGUCUUCCCAGUGAAGAACUACCAUGAAGAGAUCGACACCGAUGACGAUGUUGAUGUUCUCAUUCUAAAAGCACUUGAUCAGAUCGUUCAUAUUGCUGAUGACAGAUUGAUUGAUGACCGUAGCUAUUGACAUGAAACAACAUUUAAACAUGCGUUUGCCUUUCUGUCUCUAAAGGAAAAUUCUGUGACAUUCAGUUUGAGCAAAGUUGUGUUGUGUGUAUUGUGUUUCAUUAAAGAAAAUAACAUUCUCAUA